AUGAUAAGAAUCAACAAGGAAGCUCGUUCAGGGGGGCAGGUGGGAAGAAAUGAGAUCCUGGAUGCUAAUAGUAGCUGGGAGGCGUCCUGUCCAAAGAAGAAAUCAGAAGAUACUAACAGCCAAAAAUGUCCCAAAAAGAUAUCAGUUCCUCCCCUACCCUUGGAACUGCCACCAAUCAACUUUGUUCACCGAGAUGUUUUGCGGGCCUGGUGCCAACAGUUACAUUUGAGCAGCAAAGGCCAGAAAUUAGACACAUAUAAGAGGCUCUGUGACAAGGCUUACCCACAGCAAAAGCUCUAUUUGCAGAAUAUUCCUAUCACAGCAAACGAGACCCGGAUGUCAAUUCGAAGUAAUUUGAAGGCGGACAAAAGGAAAAAGCCCCUGGGAAGUUCUAAGAAAAGAACAUGUUCUGUGGGUACUGCUCCCCUUGAAGUGGUCCCUUCACCAGAGGAGUUGCCUGUCCUUGAGGAGCCCCCUGCUCUCUAUGAAGAAGUUAGUACAAGUGUGGUGAUGACAUCUGCCCCGGAGGAGGUGUUGGGCUCCUGGAAUACAGAUGAAGCCAGCGCCAUGCAGGAGGAGACUGUGCAGUCCCCACCAGAGACCCAUGGUGUCAGGUGGUGUGUGGUCCAUGGCAGAAGUCUCCCUGCAGACAAAAGUGGUUGGGUUCAGCUGCAGUUUCACGCUGGACAAGCCUGGGUACCUGAAAAGAAAAAAGGGAAAGUGAGCGCACUGUUCUUACUCCCCUCUUGCAGUUUUCCACCUCGACACCUGGAGGACAACCUGUUGUGCCCCAAGUGUGUUAAGAGGAACAAGACUUUAAUUAAUAGUCUCCGGUGGGUAUAG